AAUGAUCCAAGCGCUGAGCUGGCCUCUCUUCCCAAGCGGAUCAGCUUGCCAGGGUUACUAGGACGGUUUGGACUUUCUGUGCAGGAGUCCUGCAGAUGUAUGUGGUGGGAUUAUUAUUAUUAUUUUUUUUUAACAGGGAGUUUGGAAGAAGGUCUGAGAAAUGGCAGCGCACAGCAGCGUUUGGGUAUUGGCUGGAUUUUUGCCCGUUGUCCUGGCAGCCUGUGACCAUGUCGGAAUUGAAGCGGAUGUCGGUGAAGAUGUGCUCCUGCCCUGCAUUGUCAAAUGUGGAGACGCUAUCAGUCUUUCAAACCCGACAGUUAACUGGCAUUGUUCAGGGAGUUGUGAAGUCGUGAACAGCUUCCACUAUGGCCAGAACCAUCCAGAGUAUCAGUGUGGACAAUAUAAGGGGAGAACGGAGUUCUCUUCUCAGGGAUUGUCCGAUGGCAACGCUUCUCUGCUACUGAAGAAUGUAACCCCCGCUGACUUUGGGAACUACACCUGUCAUGCCAGUUUAUAUGAGAACACUCCCCAAACUUUACAGAUUGUCCUGCUUAUGCAGAAAAAGACCCAAGGUGCAACUGUUCAGACAGACGCCUACGUUCCAGGAGGACAUGAAAAACGACUCCGCGUUCUAAGCGUUUGUGUGCCAUUGAGCGCACUAGUGAUUCUUGUAGUAGGGAGUUUUGCAGGGUACUGUUGGUGUAAAAAGACUACGAAGGCUAAAGAAGGUAUGUGCAAUAGUGUGUGAGAGACGAGUCGUUUUAAAAAUCAAUUUUCAUUAUAAUGCCAAACCAGUGUUGGAUCAUAUUAAAGAAGUUCAGUAUUAAAAUCACAAGUGAGUUUGAUUCCCCAAAGUUUAAAUUCCAGGGUAUUACUAAU